UUUUUUUUGCUUCACUUGUUCAUGCUUAUUUAUAUAUUCCAAAUUAUAAAUGUCCAGAAGAAGACGCCCUACAAAAGUGUCUCAAACAUUAUGUUAAAGGUCCUACUUAUUUUCGUAAAGAUUAUUUUGCUUAUAAAAAAGAUCUUUUGUUUAAUCACAAUACACGAACAAUUCAUUUUCCGGUGGCAUUUGUUCAUCCAUUAGAUGUAUUGGAUGUUCAAAGUGCUAUUAAAUGUGGAGCAAAAUUAAAUUUUACCGUUAUUGCAAGAUCAGGUGGUCAUUCUGAGGAAAAUUAUAGCAUUGGAGAUAGAGAUUGUAUUUUAAUCGUUGAUCUUAGGAACAUGAAUAAGAUAUUCGUAGAUGUAACCACACAAACUGCUUUAAUCGAAACAGGAAAUACUCUGGAUACAUUAUAUUAUGGUUUGAAUGAGUAUACUUUUGCUUUUCCGAGUGGUGAAUGUUCUUCAACUGGUGUUGGCGGCAUUAUUAUGGGUGGUAAUCUGGACUGGAGAGACAACUAUUUAUAA